AAUUCUGAUUUCUUAUUCCAGAGGCAUUCCUCAAGGCUGCAGAUAAACUACGUGAAACAGUCCGUUUCGCUCACUCUGUAAAAGCCGAAGUUAAUGAAAAGUAUGGGCAUAAUAAUGUCAUGGUGCUAUUCCGACCAAAGCACUUGCAGAACAAGUUUGAACCUGCUUCAGUUGUUUAUGAUGGACCUAAUGACAAAUCUAAAAUGGAGUCUUUUGUGAAGGAAAACUUCCAUGGUUUGGUGGGUCACCGUACUCAAGAUACUGCCUCAGACUUCGUUAAUCCUCUUGUGGUUGCAUAUUACAAUGUUGAUUAUGUGAAGAAUGCCAAGGGAACUAACUACUGGCGUAACCGCAUCUGAAGGUAGGAUAUUGGGGUUUUA